CGAAGUCAGGGUUCCUAAACAUCAUGGUUCAUGGCGUAAUGGCUCAAGGCCUAUUUUCCUCAGGUGACGUGAUGCCAGAGCAUCGCUGAGGAGUGUGGCCGGGGGCACCGGACAGGGGAAGGGACGCCAGCCAUGGACGACAUCGACAAGAGUGGCGACAAGCCGGACGCCGAGCCAGAGCCGAUGGACACGAAGCGGACCUACGACGAGGAGAUGGCGUUCCUGAAGCGAGAGACGGAUUCCAUGUUUUCUAUCAAGAAAGGUUUUGUCCCCAACAUGAAGGUUGAGGGUCGCUUCUAUGUGAAUCAUGCCCUUGAGGGUAUGAUGCUCGACGAGAUCAGGAAUUACGCGCGCCAUUCGCACACGCAGGGUGGCUUUCUGCCCGCGGCGAAGCAGAUUGCGAACGUCGCGGCGCUGCCAGGAAUCGUGAAGUAUUCGGUGGCGAUGCCAGAUGUCCACAGCGGCUAUGGCUUUGCGAUUGGUAACGCGGCAGCGUUCGACAUGAGCCUCCCCGAGUCAGUUGUUUCGCCUGGCGGCGUAGGUUUCGAUAUAAAUUGCGGUGUCCGGCUGUUGCGGACCAACUUGUUGCUAUCCGACGUUGAGCCGAUCAAGGAGCAGUUGGCGCAGGCCAUGUUCGAUCACAUACCUGUCGGAGUCGGCUCCCAGGGCAUAAUCCCGACCAAGCCGUCCGACUUGGAGGAGGCGCUGCAGCUGGGCAUCGACUGGUCUCUCAGGGAGGGUUAUUCCUGGCCAGAGGACAAGGAGCAUUGCGAGGAGUACGGCCGCAUGCUCAACGCCGACCCCUCCAAGGUCUCCGCGCGGGCCAAGAAGCGCGGGCUGCCCCAGAUGGGGACCCUGGGCGCCGGGAACCACUACGCGGAGGUGCAGGUC